CGUGAGCAACAUAGAAACACUAUCCUCUGCUCACGAGUGCACUAGUUCGUUCUAGAAGGCUCUAUUAUCAUCAGAUAAAACCCCCCCUAUCUCUAUUUUAGGGUUUUUAUUAUCUUCAUUUCAUCGUUUCGUUACGUUCUGCUUCGCGUGGACCAACAAGAAGUGUAAGUUUUCAUUCAAUGGCCAGCGCUCAGCUCUCAGCAAUAUCUUCGUCGAUCUCUACGGCGUCGUUUGAAGGGCUUCGACCUUCGGCUGUUCAGUUUGCUUCCGCGGGCAGAAUUAGAAUUGGCAAUCUCUCCCAAAGGUCUUUCCGGGGCUUGGUUGUCAAAGCCGCCACCGUUGUUGCCCCCAAAUACACCGCGAUUAAGCCUCUGGGAGACAGAGUGCUGAUAAAAAUUAAGGAAGCAGAGGAGAAAACUGAGGGUGGGAUUUUGCUUCCAUCAACUGCUCAAACGAAGCCUCAAGGGGGUGAGGUGGUUGCUGUUGGAGAAGGAAAGACAAUUGGGAAGAACAAUGUAGAGAUUAGUGUGAAGACUGGUGCACAAGUUGUGUAUUCGAAGUAUGCAGGUACUGAGGUGGAUUUCGAUGGUACAAAGCAUCUUAUUGUGAAGGAUGAUGACAUUGUUGGUAUCCUUGAAACUGAUGACAUCAAGGAUCUUAAACCCUUGAAUGAUAGAGUCCUCAUAAAGGUUGCUGAAGCUGAGGAAAAAACCUCUGGCGGUUUGUUGCUUACAGAGGCAACCAAGGACAAACCUUCGAUUGGAACAGUGAUAGCGGUUGGGCCGGGGCAUCUGGACGAGGAAGGCAACAGAAAACCUUUGUCCGUGACUCCUGGGAACACAGUUUUGUACUCCAAAUAUGCUGGAAAUGACUUCAAGGGCAAAGAUGGUUCUGACUAUAUUACCUUGAGAGUCUCAGAUGUCAUGGCUGUUCUCUCCUAGAACAACUUGCUUUGGGUUUUGUAACUUGAAAUUUUUGUGUUUAUCUCGAGAAAACGUGGAUUCUUUUAAUCGUAAGGACUUUUGAAAAAUAGUUUAUUGCAAUCUGUUCCGUAGACAAUCUCUUUUUAUCUUUGAAUUUGGUAGCCUGUGUUGAAAUAAGUUCCGCAAUAUCUUUGAACAUUUUCUUAAUUAUUAAAUGCAAUUAUAUUCCUAGAA